ACAAAAGAAAUGAACAAAACAAACAAAAGGAUGGGAAUUUGCUUGUUUGUGAAAGUUCAGUGUGAUUUGUGAGAUUUAAAGUAAACAAUCUAAUAAAAACAAAAAGCGCGUGUUAAAUUGUGAAAGCUUAAGUGAAUAUUAAGCCUGUAAAUAUUGUGUGGCCUAUUGCUUUCGCAUACUCUUUUGGUUUCAACCAUAGUUAUGGGCCAAACCUUGGAAAUCUAUUAUCCUUGGGCGAAAACUUACUUUUCUGAAAAUAAGAAAAUUCAUUUGAAUGGAGAGGCGGAACGCACGAUCAACACGAUUCGCUAACGAUUUCGAAUUAAUAUUCAUAUAAAAGAAAAAAAUGGAAGCUUAUGGAGGCUACAAUUCCUCUUCCACAUCCAAAGAUUGGCACUAUUGGUGUCGACUUUGCGCGAAGAUUGAUAUAAAUAGUAAAAAUAUAUUCUAUGAACAUCAACCACUAAUAACUUCUGGUGGAAAUAGUGACGACAAAAGGAGUACAUUGGCCGUUGCAAUUGGAAAAUAUUUUUACGUACAAGUUAAACACGAUGAUGAUCUGCCUCAAUUGUUAUGCACGGAGUGCACUUCAUUGGUGUCAAAUAUUGCGAAUUUCAAUGAACGUGUUGCUAAAGUGCAAGAAAUGUAUACUGCCCUGCAAAGUGGUCACUACAGUAAGGAUACAGAUUUUCAGUCUAUUCGGUUGAAAUAUGGAAUUUUGAAGGAAGAUCCAGCUCAGUUAUAUACGCACCAAUAUGAAGAAGACUGUUUCACUGAGAAUACUGAUCAAGCAGUUAUGGAAAAUUUGAAUAAAUUUGAGAUCAUAUUGAAAAGAGAAAAUCCACGAGAUGGUACUCAAUCCGAUGAAGAUGAGAGAGAUGAUAAUGAAGAUCCUUUUGCCAGCGAUUUUGGUGUUGAGACCGCUGAGAAUAAGCCGUUUUGUGCAAUAAAAGAAUGUGAUGGAGAAAGUAAUGGUAGUAAGUAUCCUCCUGAGGUGCCUUCGAAAGAACAACAAAGAAAAUUAAAAACCAGAAUAAACAUAAGUACAAAAGAAGGUUUAAAAGGGCAAGAUAAGUCCGGAAAGUGUCUUAUCCGCGCUGAGAAAAAGCCAAAUGAUGACAAAUACUAUUGUAGCGACUGCUCGCUUCAUUUUCAACGUCUUGGCAAUUAUCGUAUACAUAUGAAGAAAAGACAUGGAGUGGCAUUAGAACCGUUGACAUGUUCCCAAUGCUCCAAGUCCUUCAAGAAUAUAUUUGAUCUGAAUUUGCAUAUAAAAACACAUCGACCACUCUCUGAGAAACGAAUAUUUCCAUGCCCACAAUGUGACAGAAAAUUUUCGCAAAAAUGUUAUGUUGCCAGUCAUAUAAAGUUUGUUCAUGAAGAUAUUCGUCCAUUUAUUUGUGAAGAAUGUGGUGAAGGAACACGAACCGAAACUACUCUGCGUGAACAUAUGCUUAUACACACUGACCUGGCACCUUUUGAAUGUGAAGUAUGUAAGAAGUUUUUCAAAAAGCAGUCGCGUUUAAAGAGUCAUAUGCAGAUACACAGUUCCAGUAAGCACAUCUGCAGAGAAUGUGGCUUGCAAUUAAAUACUCGUGAAACUCUAAAUCGUCAUAUGCUUGUACAUUCUGAUAUUAUGCGUCAUAAGUGUGAUUAUUGUGGGCGAGCAUUUAAGCGUGCGAAAACGUUAAAGAGCCAUUUAAUACUCCAUAGUGGUCUAAAACCCUAUGCAUGUGACUUCUGCGAUAAAACCUUUGCCAACGGGGCUAAUUGUCGUGCACACAAAAGAAAAACUCAUCCGGAGGAAUUAGCAGCGUUAGAGGCUUCAGGCGAAAAAACAUAUACGAAAAAUAUACCAAAAUUGGCUGUACUGAAAACUGUAACAAAAUCAGCCGAAAAUCUUAUCCCAGUUGUCUCCAAACAGAGUGGCAAUUUUUCUUUAGGUAGAAAGCCGAAACCUCCACUGGAUUAUACUGUGGACAGAAAACACUCCAACUCGUUGACAGGAGUAGAUGUGUCUGCUGAAACAGUGUUAUCGGGGAGCCAAACAUUUUUUAAAGAAAACAGUUUAGACAUGACUAGUCUUACGGAGAGGAAUAACAUACCAUCGUCGUUUUGGUAAAGAUAAAAAUUAUAUUAUUUUAAAUUUUUUAAACAAAUAAAUGUGCUUACAUUAAAAUCUAUUCGA